AAUCAUCCAUUCAAUAAACGCAGCCCAAAUUGCGCAUUUGAUUAAGACCAAAGCGUGCGAGCUUUUAGCAGAAGGUGUCUACGCCAUCGAUUUGUUUCAUGUUGUAAUUCAAAUACUUUUGUUUAUUGGCAACAAUAAUGGUCAGCACAACAUUGACAACAUUGGCUGCUGGACAAACAACUAGUAGCAGUAAUCAUCAUCACCAUCAUCAUCACCAGCAGCAGCAGCAGCAGCAGCAGCAGCAGCAGCAUCCACUGCAGCAGUCUCACCACAGCACAGUCACCGCUCAGCAGCGCAAUUACUACGCACUCAACGGUCUGGAGCACGACUGCGACAGCAGCAACUCCCACAGCAACAGCGGUUACCAGCAGCAGCAGCAGCAGCCACUGAAUUUAUCGCAAGCGCUGCUCUCGCCUUCACCACCUCUCAACGAUCAGAUUAAUCUGCUCUUUCCCAAGUGCCGGCCCAAGCAGCAGCAAUCGCAGCAGCAGCAAUCGCAGCAGCAACAGCAACAGCCGUCGCCUAGCAGUAACAGCAGCCGACAGCAGCAUGAAGCCAUUGCCGAUGUGAAUCUGAACAGCAACAUCACAGCAGCAGCAGCAGCAGCAGUUGGUGUCUCAGAGACAACUGGGAGCAGCUCACCCAUUGUUACGCCUAUCAGUACGUCCAGCUAUUAUAAAAGCGUCAACAUUAUAACGCAAUCUCCGCCGCCGCACUCAGCCUCGUCGCACUCCUCGGAAUCGUUGUCUUCGGUCACGCCGCGCAUAUCCACAAAUCCGUUUCUGUGCGCGCCGCUGACACCACCAACACCACCAACGCCUCCACACAGCGCCAGAGCAGCUGUUGCAGCGGACGGCGAUACAGACGUGGAAGCAAUUCUGUUGGCAGAGGACGACGGCUUGCAGCAAGAGCAGCAGGAGCUAAUCGAGGAGUCGGUGCCCCAGACGGCAUAUCCAGCAUCCUUCUACUAUCACACGGGCGAUAUCAGGCGUGGCCACAGCUAUACGGAUAUGCCGCGCAAACGCAACAGCGCCAUAUCAGCGGGCAGGCAGCAACACCAGCAGCACAACAAUAUUGGCAACGGCAGUGCCCAAAACAGCCAGAAUCCUUUCAUCAAGGAGAACUACUGGGAGUCAGCCACGCCACGAGCCAGCACCCUGCUGCACUCACCCACAGAGUACCCCGAUGAGCAGCAGCAGCACCAGGAGCAACAGCAUAUGCACGCCUCAGCGAGACGAGCCUAUCAUCAGCAAAGGGAGCAGCUGGCGCCACAAUUGUACAGCAUAGCACAAAGGCCGACGCAGACGCAAUCACAGAAUCUUCAGACUCCACACGUAUUGCGUGUGGGUCGCAGCCCAGUAAAUCGCAACCACUCUUCUGGUGGUGCACAGCAACAGCAACAGCCACCGAUAGUGGGCAGCAGCAAUCCGUGUGCCGAGGGGCUCACCCCUUUGGCUAGCCACUACCUGUAUGGCAGCAAAUCUUCACUGGAUCAGCACGCUACUGACUGGGAGCCACGCGAACAGCGUAAGCAGCGGCUGCGCGAAGAACGCGAACGGGAACGGGAGCGAGAACGAGAGCGGGACAGAGAACGAGAUCGUGAGCAACUGCUGCUGGAACAGCAACAGCAUCUGCAACUGCAAGACAUACAUGCCGCACGCGAAAACCACCUGAGCCACCUGUCGGCGGCACAGCAACAUCAGCAGCAGCAGCAACAGCAGCAGCGAAAGCGACAUGGCAACAGCGAGGACCGGGAUCGAGAUCAACGGCUAAUCAGCAACUCCGUCAAUGAGUCGUCUAUCAGCGGCUAUGGAUUAGCCGAUGCCUCGGAGAGCUGGCAGCAUCUGCGCGUCACGACCGAAUCGACCGAGGAAAGCAAGUGCGGCAAGCAGCUACCCACUGACAAGUCGAUGGGCGGCGGCCAGAGCCGUUCGCAUGCUAUGCUCGAGCCGCACACGCGUCGCCUGCUCGACGAUGGCGCCGUCUAUCGAGAGCACAAGCUGGAUGCCUGGCAGCUGGAACGCAACUACACGCUGGCCGUGGAGUCGCGACAUGGCAUCAUAGAAUACGAGGGCUCACCACGACGCAUUGGCGUCGCUGCCAGCAGCAGCAGCAGUCCCGCUGCAGCGGACGAAAGCGAACCACCAGUUGGCGCAAUAGCAGCAACAGCAACAGUGGCAGCGGCAGCUCCACCAAUGGCCGCAGUGCCGCCAAUGAGUUGCAGCACGACUGCGGCUUGCUCGCUGCAAAAGACGGCAGCACGUGCUGCGCUCGCCGCACUUGCCCAAUGUCAGCCACCGCAACAACAGCAGCCGUAUCCGGUGCGCCCCGGCUUUCCACAGCGCAUAAUUUCGCCACCGCGUGAGCUAGGCAGCAGCUCGCCUACGCAGCAGCAACAGCAGCAACAGCAGCAGCAGCAGCAACUGCCGCUGCACUUCAACAACGGCAGUAACCAUAGCAAUAACAACAACAAAGCAGCGUGCUGCGACAACAAUGCCGAGGAUACGAGCAAUGAUGUCUCUGAAAUUGGCACCAUAUCUGACCUGACCACGCCCGAGGCGCCCAUUACGGCCACGCCCAACGAGUUGACGAGCUAUACGGCUGUUUCACCGCCACCCACAGCAGCAGCAGCAGCAGCAGUGGCAGCAGCAACAACAACAGUUGCAACCGCAACGGGAAAAACAACGACUGCACCAACCAACACAUCAGCAAUUGCCGGCAAUUCCUCGACAGCGGGCACGACCCUAACUUCUGGCCCAUUGAGCCUGCACACCAAAUCCUCGACCUUUGAUUACCUCUACGAGUUCUCGGAGACGCGCAAAGUGCUGGAGGAAUUCUUCAAGUGUCCCUCGAAUGAUGAGCAGCCCAUCAUGGAGAAUGGCAGCGAUGUGGACAGCAUUGACAUACAGUACGAGUUUCACAGCAACUUUGAGCGUGACGAGGAGGAGCUAGAUGAGGAGGAGGAGGAGGAUGAUGAGGACGAAAAUGAUGAGGGUGAGGAUGAAGAUGAGCACGCCGAGCAGGAAUAUCAGCAGCAACAACAGCAACAGCAGCCACAGCAACUGAUGCAGCAGCCGCCCGCAUCAGAGCGCCACGUCUAUGGCGCCUACACACAGCCGCAGCUGCAGUUGCAGUCGCAGCUUCAGUCGCGGCCAGCGCAGCUGCCACGGCACUACAGCGGUAGUCCACUAAUGCGCGACUUUGACUUCUUCCUUGACUCGGCCAGCCGCAGCAGCGGCGAGCGAGAGGGCGAACAGGAUGGGCUCAAUCACAACCAGCUGCUGAGCACCGGCAGCGGCAGCGGCCUUGGCCAGAGCGUUGGCCAGGGCGUGGGCGGCGGCCUGACAGGCGGCCACAACUACCGCUACUCGCCGGAGACCACCGACUACGACUCCAACUGCGGCGAUCUGGACAGUCUCUCGGGCGAGAUGAAUGGCGGUGUAUCGACCUCCUGCUCAAACUACGCCAAGUACUAUGCCUCGGCCAUGCCAGUGCUGGAGGAUGGCCUCUCCUCGGGCCACACCAGUGACACAGAGAAUAAUAACAACAACAAGAACCUUCAGCAGCUGGCCACCCAGGGACAGGGCCAGGCCCAGAGUAACCUCAGCGCCAGCACCAGCAUUGGUGGCGGCAUUUCCAUGCUAAUGGACAUGAAACGCAUCUCGACUAACAACAGCUUGAACAGCAUGCACAACCUGACGGCCUCCACCACCGAAAGCAACGGAGUUGGCCACCAGCUCAGCCACACGAGUCCCAGCAACGGGCUACAUAAGCAGCAGCCGCAGCUGCCACAGCAACGCGAACUGCUCGGCCAGAGCCCCAGCAGCAACAGCAAUAGCAAAGUGUUCAAGAACAUAGAUCCGGAGUUGGAUUCCCUCUACUCUAUCAGUGUUUUCCACCGGCCGGACAUGGUGCAGAUGACGCCUCCACCGCCAGCGCCUGCGCCGCAUCGCAAGCCCAACUGCAACAGUGAUGUUGAUCUGCUGCAGACCACCGGACAGGGCAGCAAGCACACGCCGCUGAAUGCGGCCAUCAGCUCGACGUUGCAGCGCAGCUCGCCCACCGCCUGCAUAGGCGUCGGCAGCGGCGCCGCAAAGCCGCGCAGCGCGGGCAGCAAUUGCAGCAGCAAUGGCAUCGGCGGUGGGUUGGGUGGUGGGCCAGCGCCCCCGCCAAUCCCCGAGCGCAGCAACAUGCAGCCGGUGCAUCGCUCGCCCUCGCCCGUGAUGAGCUCGCCCGUAUGGCUGUCACGGCAUUUGGAUGGAGGUGCCGGCAAGGCGCUGCUCGAAUCGAGCUCAGAUAACCACUCGAAGAACCACAGCGCCGACGAGGAGGAUGUGGACACGGACCUAGAGACGGACCGUCUGCUGGGCCACCAGCGCCUGGACGAUCAGGGCUACUACGAUGAGAACAAGAGCUGGGAUCGAAAGCCGCGCGGCUCGCUGCUCUCCAAAAUAUCGCCCAAGCAGCAACAGAUGCCCAGCACCAAGACACGCAAUGGCUACAAUGCGCUGCUCAGCUCCACGCCGGAGCUGCCGCCGCCAAUUCCACCCAAGAGCUCGGCCAGUCUCAGCGGCUCGGGCGCCGGCAAGCUGCUCGACUUGGUCAGCAGCGUGCAGCAGCGCAGCAACUCGCGCAGCUCCUCGGAGCAUAGCCACAAGUCGCCGACAAAGGUGUCCAGCAGCGGGCAUGAUAUUUGCGGCAUGACAGCUGCCACAGCUGCCGAUGUGGUCGCCUCUGCUGUGGUCGCCGCCGGUGCACUGCCCCCUCUGGGCAGUCCCAACAAUGGCGGCGGCUCAGAGCGCUCUGCUCCGGGUGUCGCCAAGCUGGAUGUGGAGAAUGAUGGCAUCAAUGGUGGGGGCAUUGUGGGUGUCGCCAGCGGCGUGGCCAAUGCUGUCAUCAACAACGGCAACAGCAGCACCAAUGGCAGCACCGGCAACAACAACAACACCAACACCAACGGCAACAACAACAAUGUUGCCAUCGGCAGCAACAAUAGCAGCGGCAGCGCAGCGGGCAGCAACAGCAACAGCGGCGAGAAAAAAGUGAAAAAGAGUAAGAGCAAAGAAGGCGGCGCAGUGCUCAUCGAAGGCGUUCUAUUUCGGGCAAAAUACUUGGGUUCCACGCAGCUGGUUUGCGAGGGUCAACCCACCAAGUCGACACGCAUGAUGCAGGCCGAGGAGGCCGUGUCUCGCAUAAAGGCCCUGGCACCCGAUGGCGAUGUACAGCCCAGCACGGAGGUGGAUCUGUUUAUAUCGACGGAGAAGAUAAUGGUGCUGAACACCGAUCUGAAGGAGAUCAUGAUGGAUCAUGCGCUCCGCACUAUCUCAUAUAUAGCCGACAUCGGGGAUCUGGUCGUGCUGAUGGCGCGUCGCCGUUUCGUGCCCCAGGACAUUGAUGAUGCACCCAAGCCGAACCGCACGCCCAAGAUGAUCUGUCACGUGUUCGAGAGCGAUGAGGCGCAGUUUAUUGCACAGUCGAUUGGACAGGCCUUUCAGGUGGCGUACAUGGAGUUCCUUAAGGCCAAUGGCAUCGAGGAUCAUCGCUUUGUCAAGGAAAUGGACUACCAGGAAGUGCUCAAUAGCCAAGAGAUCUUUGGCGAUGAGCUCGAAAUCUUUGCCAAGAAGGAGCUGCAAAAGGAGGUCGUUGUACCCAAGGCCAAGGGCGAAAUACUCGGCGUGGUCAUUGUCGAAAGUGGCUGGGGCUCAAUGCUGCCGACGGUCGUCAUUGCGAACCUCAUGAGUUCUGGCGCGGCGGCGCGUUGCGGCCAAUUGAAUAUUGGCGAUCAGCUGAUCGCCAUCAAUGGACUGAGCCUAGUCGGUUUGCCGCUCUCCACCUGCCAGACGUACAUCAAAAACACCAAAAACCAAACCGUGGUCAAGUUCACAGUUGUACCCUGUGCGCCCGUCGUCGAGGUUAAGAUCAAGCGGCCAGAGACCAAAUAUCAACUUGGAUUCAGUGUCCAAAAUGGCGUGAUCUGCAGCCUGUUGCGUGGAGGCAUUGCGGAGCGGGGUGGCGUUCGGGUUGGUCAUCGGAUCAUUGAGAUCAACAACCAGAGCGUUGUGGCUGUGCCGCACGAGAAGAUCGUCAAUUUGCUGGCGACAUCGGUGGGCGAGAUACUCAUGAAAACAAUGCCCACUUCAAUGUUCCGCUUGCUAACCGGCCAGGAAAACCCCAUAUAUAUUUAAGCGAUAUCUAUCAAUAGACGAUAGGUAAUGAAGAGCGCGUGUGUAUUAGGCAGAAUUCUAAUGAUAUAAUGCAUAUAUUAAUGUGUAUGAAUAUGCGUAUCUGUAUAGACUUAGUUUGAUAUAACGCUGAUACUUACAUAAUGCAUAGAAAACGUUCUAAUUUAGCUAUCGAUUGUGUGUGUUGUUUUUUUUUUUUUUUUGUGACUACUAUAGAAUAAAGAUAUAACAGAACGGAAGAGUAUAGAAGAGUAUGUGGAAGCUAUGACAAAUAACAAGCGUAAACCUUUUGUUCCAAACUGCAACCAAAAAAUAUAACAAAGAAAACUAUAAACAAAAAGAAGAAAAACCAAAAGUAAAGAAAAGAAAUGACAGAAAUUACAAGCCUUUUUGCAAAACUUAGAACUAAUAGUUAAUAAUGUGAGGGGAGAGCUGCUGCGACUCCGUUGCGAUUGUUCGGGUAAAAACAUAUAUAUACACAUAUUA